GUUUUACAUUGAUUCAGGUUACAGCAGUAAGCGAGGAAGACCGCUUGAAAUAUUGAAGCUACCGGUGAAGUUGAAUUAUUAAGCAAAGCGGUAAUUUCAGAAACAACAGCGAUAAGAACGUGUCUGUGCCAGGAUGAAGACUCUAAUCGUGUUCGACUUCGACCACACCCUGGUGGACGAUAACAGCGACACCUGGUUGGUCCGGUGUGCGCCAGACCAGAACCUUCCCGACUGGCUGAUGAACACCUACCAGAGAGGCCGCUGGACAGAGUACAUGGGCCGCGUCAUGACCUACAUCGGCGAGAACGCCGUCAGCAAGGAAGCCAUACAGCGCGAGAUGGAGACCAUACCCUUCACGGACGGCAUGAUCGAACUGCUGACCUUCAUCGGCGCCAACAAGAGCGAGGUGGACUGCAUCGUGGUGUCGGACGCCAACUGCCUCUUCAUCGAGUGGAUUCUCCACGCGGGGGGCGUCCGGGGCGCCGUCGACCAGGUGUUCAGCAACCCGGCGUCGUUCGACGAGCGCGGCUUCAUGACGGUGCGCUGCCACCACUCCCACCAGUGCUCCCGCUGCCCGGUCAACAUGUGCAAGAGGAAGAUUCUGGAAGACUUCCUGGCUGAGAAGGCCAGCGGGGGGGUGGAGUACCGCAGGGUGUUCUACGCGGGCGACGGAGGGAACGACUUGUGCCCGGCCUGGUGCCUCCGCGUCGGGGACGUGGUGCUGCCCAGGAGGGGCUUCACCCUGGAGAAGUUGCUGGAGAGGCUGCAGAGCGGCCAGGCCCCACAGGAGCUCCAGCCAGUCGGGUUGAAGCCCAGUGUCCUGCCCUGGGCCAGCGGUACAGAGAUCCUGGAGGAACUGAAAACUUGCAUUGAGAAGUCUACAGAGGGAGUUUAGAUGGCUGCCGUUGUGUGUGUUUUUGAUAUCAUCAGUACUGUUUAACACUGAAUAAGGCCUUGUCACCAAUUCAAUUGUCAGGACAAAUGUUACUGGUCUGUAGAUUUUUUUUAAGGGCCAGAUUGCUGCUAUGACUGCUUUCACUCUAUUUUAACAGAAGAUUAAUUAAUCUAAAUGAUUGUUCAAAUAUGUUUUUGGGAAGAUCUUGUGUAAAUAUUAAGACUGUACUAUCAAUUCUGUAAAAUACAGAAGCAUGGUUUAUAUAUGAUUUUACCUGUUCAUUUUAAUAAAUGAUCUUUCUAGUCA